UAGCGGGCAAGAUUUUUUUUCAAAUACAGGUCUUGAAUUGGUCCCUUUCCUGAAUGCUACGAUUUGCAUGGUACUGCUGGUUUACAAGAACUCACUGGCAAGGUGUUAUUCUUGUCAAUAGUUAGUUAGGCUAUGCAAUUUAGAUGUACUUUUGUAAUUGUAUCUUGGGUUGUAUUUUAUUUGUUUUGUUUAUGUUUCACUUUUAUUAGUAACUUUUAUUAUUGUACCCUGUUGGUCAAAUUGAUUGAAAGGGGUAACCUUGUCAUGCCUAGGGAAUGCACAUUUUAAAUGUACCACUUCAAAGGUAUUUAUUUUGUUUGUCUCAACAACUUUAUGUGUAUUCAUGUAGCAGCCUCCUGAUGCGCAAUCUGCUUUUCAUUCGCGAUAGUGCUUGAAGUGGGCGUAACGUAAGUGAAAGCGGGGAAAGCAGUAACGAGACCUGCCUCUUUAAGUCGGUGUCAAAGCCGAUUACAGCUGAUCCCAACCGUGAUUCUGCCUCAGCGUCUUUCCACGACAAGGUUUUCUAAGCGUCCACUUCAUCACCCCAAGACCUCGCGCUGUGCAGUAGAAUUUAGGAUUUUACUUCCGCUCCAAACUUUCAUUCAGACAGGCAUGGAUUGUAUCCUUCACUCGUUUGGAUAAAUUGCUCGAUGGGCUCCUGCGGAUAUGAGUUAAACAGACCACUUCACUUCUUUGAGACAACUUUUGCAUACGUGUGGGUUGUAAGCUUCUGGUCACUUUUUAGAGGAGAACAGUAAAGGAGAGUGAACAGCUUCACUCGGCUAUGGUGUCUGAUAAAUAAAGACACUGUAAACGGGACGGAAAAUGCAGAAGAGUGUUCGGUAUAAUGAGGGGCACGCUCUGUUUCUCUCCGUGGUCGCGCGCAAAGAAGGCACCAAACGAGGUUAUCUCUGUAAAAAGACCACAGAAAACAGUCGGUGGCACGAAAAGUACUUUGCCCUCUAUCAGAAUGUCUUGUUUUAUUUCGAAAAUGAGCAGAGCACACGGCCGUCCGGAAUUUAUUUACUGGAGGGAUGCACAUGUGAAAGAGUCCCUGCACCCAAGGUGUCAACCGUGGGCAAGGAAACGCUGGAAAAGCAGCACUACUUCCUCAUCGUCUUUGGUCACGAUGGCCAGAAGCCCCUGGAGCUACGCACUGACGAGGAGGCAGAGUGUGACGAGUGGGUGGAGGCCAUCCAGCAGGCCAGCUACUCUGACAUCAUCAUCGAGCGUGAGGUGCUCAUGCAGAAGUACAUCCAUCUUGUGCAGAUCGUGGAGACGGAGAAGGUGGCGGCCAAUCAGCUGAGGACGCAGCUGGAGGACCAGGACACAGAGAUCGAGAGGUUAAAGGCUGAGAUCAUUGCGCUGAAUAAAACCAAGGAGAGAAUGCGUCCUUACCAAGUAAACCAGGAGGAGGAGGACCCAGACAUUAAAAAAAUCAAAAAGGUGCAGAGCUUCAUGCGGGGUUGGCUGUGCCGGCGGAAGUGGAAGAUCAUCGUGCAGGACUACAUCUGCUCGCCUCACGCCGAGAGCAUGCGCAAGCGCAACCAGAUCGUCUUCAACAUGGUGGAGGCCGAGACUGAGUAUGUGCACCAGCUCUCUAUCCUGGUCAACUGCUUCCUGCGGCCACUACGCAUGGCCGCCAGCUCCAAGAAGCCGCCUAUCAGCCACGACGACGUCAGCAGCAUCUUCCUCAACAGUGAAACAAUCAUGUUCUUGCAUGAAAUAUUCCACCAAGGCCUGAAGGCGAGGAUCGCAAACUGGCCCACCCUGGUUCUAGCGGAUCUGUUUGAUAUCCUGCUACCCAUGCUGAACAUCUACCAGGAGUUUGUGAGGAACCACCAGUACAGUCUGCAGGUGCUGGCCAACUGCAAGCAGAACCGGGACUUUGACAAGCUCCUGAAGCAGUACGAGUCCAACGCGGCCUGUGAGGGGCGGAUGCUGGAGACCUUCCUCACAUACCCCAUGUUCCAGAUCCCUCGCUACAUCAUCACUCUUCACGAACUCCUGGCCCACACCCCUCACGAGCAUGUGGAGCGCAAGAGUCUGGAGUUUGCCAAGUCCAAGCUGGAGGAGCUGUCCAGGGUUAUGCACGAUGAGGUGAGCGACACUGAAAACAUCCGCAAGAACCUGGCCAUCGAGCGCAUGAUUGUGGAGGGCUGCGACAUCCUCCUUGACACCAGCCAAACCUUUGUGAGACAGGGCUCUUUGAUCCAGCUGCCCUCAGUGGAGCGGGGGAAGCUCAGUAAGGUGCGCCUGGGCUCGCUCUCUCUGAAGAAGGAAGGGGAAAGGCAGUGCUUCCUCUUCACAAAGCACUUCCUUAUCUGCACACGCAGCUCAGGGGGGAAGCUACACCUGCUCAAACAGGGAGGCGUGCUUUCACUGAUCGAGUGCACGCUCAUCGAGGAACCGGACGCCAGCGACGAGGAAUCCAAGAACACGGGCCAGGUGUUUGGCCACCUCGACUUCAAGAUUGUAGUGGAGCCCUCAGAUGCCCCUGCCUUCACUGUGGUCCUGCUGGCCCCAUCCCGCCAGGAGAAGGCAGCCUGGACCAGUGAUAUCAGCCAGUGCAUUGAUAACAUACGCUGCAAUGGUCUGAUGACCAGUGUGUUUGAGGAGAACUCUAAGGUCACCGUGCCGCACAUGAUCAAAUCAGACACGCGUCUCCAUAAAGAUGAUGUUGACAUUUGCUUCAGCAAAACGCUCAACUCCUGCAAGGUCCCCCAGAUCCGCUACGCCAGCGUGGAGCGUCUGCUGGAGAGGCUGACUGACCUGCGCUUCCUCUCCAUCGACUUCCUCAACACCUUCCUGCACACCUACCGCAUCUUCACCACCGCCGCUGUCGUCAUGGACAAGCUGGCCGACAUCUACAAGAAGCCCUUCACCUCCAUCCCCGUCAGGUCGCUGGAGCUGUUCUUUGCCACCAACCAGAACAACCGCAGCGGGGGCGACCACAACAACGACAAGUUCUCGGGCCCGCCGCCGCUCUCCAUCUCCUCCCGCACCUCCUCGCCGGUGCGCAUGCGCAAGCUCUCCCUCAACUCCCCACUGGGCUCCACCUCCUCCUCCUGCACCAGGGUGCUGGACCUCUCCUCCUCCUCCUCCGCCGCUGCUGCCACCUCCUCCUCCUCCUCCACCACCACCACCACCCCCACCGCCGCCUGUCCUUCGGCCACCAGCAGCCCCACCUCGGCCACCUGCCCCAGCCCGGCGACCCCGACCGCCACCUCUCCACCUCCGCCUGCUGUCACACCCCCUGCGGGCGUAACCAAGCCCCCACUGGAGCUGAACCGCGCCCCUGCUCCUCCUGCCCCCUCCACAGCCCCUGCCGCGGGCACAGGUAUGGCCCCCUCCCCCACCUCGCCCUCCCCGGAGCAGCCCGGCGCCACCGAGGAGAACCCCGAGCUGCCGCGCAUCGACGCCUUCUGCGGGAAGCUCCGCCGAAGCAUCCGCAGGGCUGUUCUGGAAUCAGUGUCACUGGACAAGUUCAUUCCGGAGAGCCCUCAGGGCAGUGAGUCUGGCGAGAUUUCACCAUGUCGGUCCCCCUCCACACCACGCCACCUGCGCUACAGAGGAUCUGCAGGUCAGGUGACAGAGAACAACCGCUGCUCGGUGUCGCCUGCCUCGGCUUUCGCCAUCGCCACGGCAGCCGCUGGCCACAGCAGUCCACCAGUUUUCAACAAUUCAGAGAGGACAUGCGACAAAGAGUUCAUCAUAAGGAGAGCAGCCACCAACCGGGUUCUGAAUGUCCUUCGUCACUGGGUCUCCAAGCACUCACAGGACUUUGAGAUGAACAGCGAGCUGAAGGGCGGUGUCAUCUGCCUGCUAGAAGAGGUGCUCAAGGACCCUGACCUCCUUCCUCAGGAGAGGAAAGCCACCGCAAACAUACUAAGUGGUCUUUCUCAAGACGAUCAGGAUGACGCGCAGCUGAAGAUCGAGGACAUUUUGCAAAUGGCGGAGUGCCAUCGGACAGAAUGCUUUGAGUCCUUGUCAGCCAUGGAGCUGGCCGAACAGGUUACUCUGCUGGACCACAUCGUCUUCAGGAGCAUCCCUUACGAGGAGUUCCUCGGCCAGGGCUGGAUGAAGACAGACAAGAUCGAACGCACCCCCUACAUCAUGAAGACAAGCCAGCAUUUUAACGACAUGAGCAACCUGGUGGCCUCUCAGAUCAUGACCCACACGGAUGUGGGCUCCAGGGCCAACUCCAUAGAGAAGUGGGUGGCCGUGGCCGACAUCUGCCGCUGCCUCAACAACUACAAUGGCGUGCUGGAGAUCACCUCCGCGCUGAACCGCAGCGCCAUCUACAGGCUCAAGAAGACCUGGGCCAAAGUCAGCAAACAGGCUAAAGCAUUGAUGGACAAACUCCAAAAGACAGUUUCCUCAGAGGGGAGAUUCAAGAACCUAAGGGAGACUUUAAAAAACUGUAACCCACCUUGUGUGCCCUACCUGGGAAUGUACCUAACAGACCUGGCCUUUAUUGAGGAAGGAACUCCAAACUUUACUGAGGAGGGACUGGUCAAUUUCUCAAAGAUGAGAAUGAUAUCCCAUAUUAUCCGUGAGAUUCGCCAGUUCCAGCAGACGCCAUAUAGGAUAGAUCACCAACCAAAGGUCACUCAGUACCUUCUGGAUAAAACCCUUAUCAUGGAUGAAGAUACUUUGUAUGACCUGUCCCUUAAGAUCGAACCCCGGCUCCCUGCUUGAGCCCCGGCUACUUGUGUGGAGCUGCUCCUGCCAGGAGGGGCUAGGAGGAGGCCUGCUGGUCUCUCAGAGGGUGGAGAAUACUGGAACAAGAUGGAGGACUGACAACUGGACUGGGUGGAGUUAGGAAAAGUAGAGAAAGAGAGAGAGUGACAGAAGAUUGUCGAGGUGAAGGAUAGUGAUGAGGGAUGAUUGUAUGAGGGACGUCUUUAAGUGCAAACGUUUGCUGAGCAUUCCAGUGUAAAUGGCCAUUAGGAAGGAAAGGAUGUGAGACUCUCGUGAUAAAGGGAGUCUUAUCGGAGGAAAGAAAAUGCAUUUCAGACAUCAUUACCAUGAAGUUUUGUCUGAUAAGAAAGAAAAAGAAUGAGAAAAAAAUAAAAGAAAGAAGAAUGAAAUGUAGCAUGUACAGAAAUAACCCCAAAUGGUCCUUUCGGUUUGUACGCCAACUCUUGUAUGUCUAUCUGUUGUGCCAUUUCCAGCGGUAGCAGUAGUUCCCAGAUCUCUGCUUUUAAUGGGUUGUUGAAGUUGACCAGUGAAUCUGACUUUGCAUGAGCUAAACCGUGUGGAUGUAAGUAACCCUUUUCCAUUGAAAUCUAUCACCUUUAGUCCCAGGCAAGGAUUGCAGUAUGUAGGUGAUGACACAUCUACAAACAUCUGAAUGAGAUUUUUUUUUUUAAGUUCAAUUAAUUUUGCCAGGUGAAGCUUAAUGCAGUGUGAUUAAUGCAUUAAACAAACUCUUAUGAGGUGCCUUGUCUUCAAACCUAAUCAAAUUAUGCCUAUUACUCAUUCAGCACUGUUAACAAGUCUGAAUGAGAAUGAAAAAAGCUGCCAAAGCCACCUUAACAUGUCUAUUUUGGUAUUAUCUAAAGUAACUAGCAUCAAUUGUUCCCUCCACAAACAAGUAAACAAAAUCCAACAUCAGUACUCUAUGGACCCUUUCAAGAAUAAAAACAAAAACAAUGCUUGAACGUUCUAUUUGGGCCCCAAUCUACUUCCUCUGCAUUAAGAUAACAUAUGGAAUUUUAAAAAGGAAGUCUUGUGGGGCCAACUAUGAUGCUGAUAAUGGAACUCUCUUGAAAGGGUCCAUUACCACAGCUAUGGAUCUGUGUGGAUUCUGAAUAGCUGUAGUCAUGGCAAUGCAUGUGAAUGUAACAGCAGUGCGGUGUGUGUAGAGUAAGGGGCUAAUGACAUGGCCUUUCCUCUGGUAUUGAUCGCGGGUCAUUCCUAUCUGUUCCUAUUGGGAGCAGACAGGUCACUCUUUGAGAGGCGGUGCCUUUUUUUCAUGUGUCUGAAAAAGAAAAAAAGCCACAGGGAAACACUGAUGAAAGUUGCAUGGGGCUCGCUAGAGGCUUCAAAUGGCUUUUUCAUCCAAAGGUGCCACGAAGCCCCCAGUCCUCAGUUCAUGCGUGAGCAGGAUCUAUCACAAAGGGACCCAAGAUCAGCUAGAUUCAAUCCAAACAGCAAGCAGCAUGCUAAUCAAGUACAAGUGUAGCAGGUAUUUUUUUUAUUUUGGUGGUGAAGAGUAUUCUGGUCACAGAUUCCCGUUUACCUUCAAGGGGAAUGAACCAUUUAAAGUACUGCAUAUCAUUACUCCAAAGUCUCCCUCUAGUGGCUAGAGCAGGCCAGCACACUAAUGAGGAUUGAGCACCAAGAGGUGAACGCUGGCACUCUUGUCUUUUCCACUUCAGAGAUGAAUAACAGAAUAAUGCAUACUGACAUUAAUGUGUUAGGUGGUCACUGAGUCUUCGAGAAUAAUUUAUCAGUCAGUUGCAUGAAACGUUAAAGACAUAUUUGCAUGAAGGUUUUUUUUUUUUUGCAAGAACAAUGUUAUGCAUUUCUCUGUCACUGCUGUGUAUUUAACUUGAUCUCUCUAAAAUCCUUUAACCCUUAAAGGAGUACCAUCACACCGGUGUGACAGGAAUGUUGAGAAAUGAACGUUCUAAAGAAUAUCUGGGUUCAUUGAAUUCAACAUAGAAUUUUAGAACCUUCAAUUGUUGCGGAACUUAGAACGUUCAAAAACCUACACCUUUAGAAAAAGAAGCAAAACAAGCAGACGCUGCCUCAGUCCCCCAAGCAGUGUGUUAUUUGCUGUCAUGUUCAAGGUCUGGGCUGAUGAGGAAGGGUUGGCAUGGGAUAUUGUAAAAUACCACUGUAUGCAUCACGGAGAAUGAGUUAAUCAAAUAUCCACGGCCCAUCUCCUUGUUUAUGGCUGGGCGUCAUGAAGCAGAACCAAGACUGAUCUGUCCAAUGGUAAACUGUGCCAGAAUGUGGCGGCAGCAGGAAGGUCGCACUUUUUCCACAAUGUAGCGUCGCCUGUCUUAUGAGAUAAGUGUGGUGUAUUUAUUUGAUAAAAUAUUUAUUUGACCCUGUUUUGUAUAUAGUGCAUCCAACAUGAGUUUAUGAAAUUGUGUCACUUCUGUUGUUAUAUGAUACUUUAAUUUUUGCAAUCCAGUAUAAAUGAGCGUUCGACUCUGCAAAGUAGUUAAGAGAAAAAAAAAAUGUAGCAUAUUUUUCAUGGAUCUAUUAGAUUUCCUCUUCAUUUUUUAUCAGUUUUGUGUGAUGUAUAAUGUGGACACUGCGUUAUUGCUCAUAUACGUAGCAUGGUUGCAUGUCUGAUUUCCCCUGAUGUUUUGGUCUUCUGUGACACCUCUUCUCUUCUUUUGUAUUUUACUGUGUAAAAGUCUUGUCACGUUUCUCUCUUCUCUGUCUUCUAUGACACAAUGUACAGCUGAAGUACAGCAGUUCCAUGCUCAUGUAAAUUAAAAUGAAACAAAUCCAAA